AUGUUGGAGGCUGGCCCCGAGGGAGCCCCCAUCAAGAAGAAGCGCCCCCCUGUGAAGGAGGAGGACCUGAAGGGGGCCCGAGGGAACCUGACCAAGAACCAGGCGAUCAAGUCCAAGACCUACCAGGUCAUGCAGGAGUGUGAGCAAGCCGGCGUUGCCGCACCAUCUGUGUUCAGCCGCACCCGGACCGGCACUGAGACCGUCUUUGAUAAGCCGAAAGCUGGGCCUGCCAAGAGUGUCUUUGGCUGAGAAGUACAUGCCACGCCACCCCCUGGGCACUGACAACACCUAGACACAGGAGUCUCCCAAGAACUCUCAUGCCAGCACUCCCCUGCUCCCCUGUUGCCUCUGGGACUGCCACCCUCCCCCUCACUCUGGCCUCUCAGCCCAGGCCCUCUGUGCUAGGCCCUGGGAAACACCAAUAAAGAGGAUGCCCAAGC